UGGGCUACCAUCUGCUUCGACGCCAUCUUCGACGCCAUCCGUGGGUUGACGUUGAACUUGAACUGAGUUCCGAUGAGAGUAUGGAUGAUCUAGCUGCUGAAACCGUGUCAGCUCAGCCGACGCGCAAGUUGACCAAGAACCAGAAGAAAAAACUCAAGGACGAGAUGCCCGAGAUUCGUGAGAUAGUAACAAAGACUCCGCACAGCAGGCAAGUCAAUGACGCGGAUGACGGGUCCAUAGAGUGGAUGGAGCACACGGAGAUCAAGUUCAAACCUGGAACUGGUCGAGCCAAGAAGAUCGAUUCCAAGCCGCAGCUCACAACGAUCUCGCAAGUCCUUCAUCAUAGCUAUCCCAUCGGCGACCGGUACGUAGUGUUCGGAGGCCUCCAGGACAAGCCGAUCCGAUUCUCGGAGCUCAAGACAAUGGAGACGCCGCUGCAGAAAGAGCACAUAGAUAAGAUCGCUUUCAAGGCGUUGGUCGAGGCUGCAGAGAAGCUUGGAUAUGACGGCGAAGGGGUCAUCGCAGAUCGCCUAGAACACGGGUCGUUCAACAACUAUGCCAAGCCUCUUAUGGCUUACGUAUCUCAGCGCUUGAUCCAGAACCGGUCCACCAUGAAAAAGUCGCUCAGUUCCGCGGUCGAACAUGCUUUCCAACUCAUCGAUAUGCAAGCCGGGAGCGCCCCUCGUACGACUGAACUACUAAAGGACAUGAAGUACAUCUAUCCCUGGUCGAAAGAGGACGGAUUCAAAGUCAGUUCUCCAUAUGAAAAUCCAGUCAUAAUCCCGGCUGUGCAUGCCGCGUUCUUCGCGUCCGUGCCAAAUCAUGGUGCCGGCUUGAUAAACGGUCACUUGUUCAAGUCUUCGGUUGCCGCGUUUGCAUCUGAAUUUGAAAUCCCGUCCGCGAUGCUUGCGUUGACCAUGACAGCGGUCGAAGCGGUCAUCUCCGACCACAACCUCAAGUUGCAGACGGCGGUAGACUUUGGGCCGCGCAAUGCACCAGUAUAUCGGGAACAUAUGAUACGCAUUGCCGAUUUCUGCCAGCAAAAGCCGAAGCGGUACCAUCACGUCAUGCACAACAUCUUCAAGGCGGUGACUGCUGGCCAUAAUCUACAGAACCUUCCUGCUACAGACGAACAGGAUGGGACGGGGAUCAACUGGGAGGACGUGCCUGACGAAUGAAUCAUGAUAGCGCGCCGCUGAUGGUAGUACGAGGCGGAGAGGUUGGUUAAGAUUGUCUAUGGGCUCGCUAGUUAUGUGACUUAUGUCACGAGAAGCACUGCUUCGUAUUGUCACCGAAUGGACGGUCUACUACACUACGCCUCAAUUCAUUUAAUGUUGCUG